AAAAAGGUGUGUAUCUCUUUAACAAGGGCCCAGCCCCAGGGCCAAGUCUAGAGGGAGGCCGGUUGCUACCUCCCCACCGAGCCAGCUCAGCCAGGCAGGGCUGGGAGGGAGUGGGGACAGAUUCUGGGAGUGCAGCGGGGAGGAGUCCUGGCCGGCGAGCGGGAGCUGCUGGGCAGUGCCAGAGCGCAGGUCCUAGAGCCCUGCUGGAGAGGAGGAGGAUCAAGGAGGCAGGCCCCGAGAGGAGUGAGGUGGUGAGAUGGCGGACUGCUACACGGAGCUGGAGAAGGCGGUCGUGGUCCUGGUGGAAAACUUCUACAAAUACGUGUCUAAGCACAGCCUGGUCAAGAACAAGAUCAGCAAGAGCAGCUUCCGGAAGAUGCUCCAGAAAGAGCUCAACCACAUGCUGACGGACACGGGUAACCGGAAGGCUGCUGACAAGCUCAUUCAGAACCUGGAUGCCAACCACGAUGGGCGCAUCAGCUUCGACGAGUACUGGACCUUGAUAGGGGGCAUCACCAGCCCCAUUGCCAACCUUAUCCGCCAACAGGAGCAGCAGAGCAGCAGCUAGAGGACCCCUCCCACCGUCCCUGCUUGGCCCCGCCCCAAUGCCCAGCUCCAGAUGUCUUCCCAGGCCCCCUCUUCAGCCUCCUCUGUCCACCCAGGCCCGUCUGCACAUCUCCCCCUAGACCCUCUCCUGUGACGCUUGCCGAGCAGGAGAAGGGGUAGGCUCAGGGCCCCUUUGUGAGUGUCUCAGUCUGGGGGUGCCUCUCUGAGGGUCUCAGUCCCUGGAGCCAGCAGGCCCUGGGGGCCCCUCAGUGAGAUCUCAGUGCUGUUUGGGGACCCCAACGGUUUUCCCACCUGCUCAGUCCAUCAAACCUUCCAAUGUCUGAUGUUCCUGCGUGAUUCCAGAUCUGUCCUGACCUCUGGAGGCCACCUUGCUGCUUGAGUUCACCCUGCUCAUGGCCCCAGGAGCAGAGACCUCUCCCCGUUCCCUCAGCCCCUCUGCUGGGUAGAGAAGACUUGCAGGGGCUCCCCUCCAGCUGCCUCUGGGUCUGGGAACCACUAAGCAGGAUGGAGCCACCCCCCUCCUGCUCAGGCCCCUGAAAUGAUAAUAAAGGCUGGAUUCUGAGUUUGUAUCCCCUUCCCCCAAUCCCUUUGUGAUGCUCAUUAAAACCUUUCCAGUCCUUGGAAGCUC